AUGAGGAUAAAUGGCACAGAAACCGCCUGCUAUACCUUACUCUCCAUUACCUCUGACAGCAAACGGUAUACGGAACAAAAAAUAAAGGAGGAUCUGCAAAAUGAAAAUGUUUCCAUCAAAUGUGAAGCCUUAAAAGAACUCAUUCGGAACAUCAUAAACGGCGAAAAAUACCCCAACAUACUUAUGACUGUUAUUCGCUUCGUUAUGCCGUCUCAGGAUCACACUAUCAAAAAAUUACUUCAUCUCUUUUGGGAGGUAGCUCCCAAGUACUCUGCAGAUGGAAAGCUUUUACACGAAAUGAUCCUGGUUUGUGACGCCUACCGACGUGACCUGCAGCAUCCUAAUGAGUUCGUAAGGGGCUGCACUCUUCGUUUCUUGUGCAAAUUAAAAGAACCAGAACUGCUUGAGCCUCUUAUGCCCUCCAUAGUACAAUGCCUUGAUCACCGUCACGCCUACGUUCGUCGGAACGCGGUGCUAGCUAUAUUCACAAUUUACAAAAAUUUCGACCACCUGGUGCCGGAUGCACCGGAGAGGAUCCUCAACUUUUUGGCUCAGGAGCAGGACCCAUCCUGCAAACGGAACGCCUUCUUAAUGCUGCUACACGUUAGUCAGGGCACCGCGGUCGAAUAUCUGUCGAGUUGUAUCGACAGUGUGGAGACAUUUAGCGAGACAAUGCAGCUGGUCGUUGUGGAGCUAAUUCACAAGGUGUUCCGUAGCCAACCAACCGAAAGGAUGAAGUUUAUCCGCUGCGUCUUCUCACUACUGAAAUCAACCUGCUCAUCCGUUCGCUAUGAAGCCGCCACGACUCUAAUAACCCUAAGUGGAGCCGCACCUGCUAUUCGUGCUGCCGCCAGUUGUUACAUUGAUUUGAUUCUAAAGGAGUCAGAUAACAAUGCCAAGCUUGUCAUCCUGAAUAGUCUCAUUUCCCUAAGAGGCAAACACGAGAAAAUUCUCCAAGAAUUGGUUAUGGACUUGGUCAGAAUUCUAGGUGCAUCCGACAUAGAGUUGCGCAGAAAAGCCCUAGAGCUAAUCGUAGAUCUUGUGACCACUCGGACGGCAGAUGACCUGAUCGUAUUCCUCAAGAAGGAAAUAUUGAAGGCCAGCAGUUCUUCAACUGCAUCAGCCCCGGCUCUACCGUCCGGAGAUGCUUCAAAUAGUGAGAGCGUGACUCAGCCUACUAACAAGAACAACGAUGAGGACACUUACCGCUUCGUCCUUGUUCGUGCUACACGUGAAAUUUGCUUGCGAUUUCCCUCGGCCCUCCCAACAAUUCUUCCGGCUUUGUGCGAUGUUCUAACCUACACCGAGCUCCAGGAUUCAAAGGCCUCCAUAGAGAUUUGCAGGUUGUUGCGUGAUACGAUCUAUCGUCAUCCUCAACACAGAGCUUCCGUCCUGGGCAAGGUGAUGCAGUUACUCCCUUCAGUGGCUGGUUAUGAAACACUGCGUCAUCUGCUCUGGAUUUGUGGCGAGUUCUGUUUCAAGGAGGAAAUCGCUGAGUUCAUGUUGACUGUUCAUAAGGCAAUUCCUUCCUGUACCUGUGUUUCCGAGAGCAACGGAAUAUCACCUUUUCACUCGACUCCGAUCAAAAAUUCUCCCGCUUUUGCCAUGCUGAGUCAUCUACCACGUCCUGUAAUCCCACCUUUUCUUCCACUAGGGUCUACCCUGAGCAAUCAGCAGGCCGCCCUAAAACGCCCCGUUAUCCAGGCUGCCCUGUUUGCCAACUCCUUCAUGAGCGGAAUUGCACUCUCAGUGUCCCUGGUCAAAAUUUUCUGUCGCUAUUUGGAGAGUUUGAACGAGACACUCCUGUCUACCACGGCCGAAUUCCAGCGCCGAAAGAAUAAAUUCGCUGCGGAAUGUCUUCUCAUAAUUUCGAGCAUGGUCCAUCUGGCCCGCAGCGGCCUCAUCCCUCAUCGUACUGACCCUGAUGUCAUUGAACGGAUGUGGCUCUGCUUGGUUGCGAUUGCAGAGGCCCGGGCGGAUGUUAUUGCUGCGGUCGAAAGACUUGGCCACGACACCCUCGGUGAACUGCUGGACACACAGGAGGCAGAGCAGAAGGCGAAUGCCAAGAAGAAGCAACAACAACAGGUUGGCGAUGAAGCCUCCGAGAAGACAGUCGAUGCCGGUGUUGACUUCACUCUUCUUUCCGCUGCAGCCGACCCCAACGAGCAGGUUGAUCACUUUGCCCUGACACUCAGUCAGGCACUGGGAUCUGCCGCCAAACCAGGCGAUGCCUACGCGACCUCUAAACUUAAAAAGAUUCAUCAACUGACCGGUUUUUCGGAUCCGGUUUACGCUGAAGCCUUUGUGAGUGUCAAUCAGUUUGAUAUUGCUCUGGAUGUGCUGUUGGUGAAUCAGACAAACGACACCCUGCAGAACCUGACCCUCGAACUUUCCACUCUGGGCGACUUAAAGUUGGUUGAGAAACCCCGACCUCUGACUCUGGCUGCCCAGGACUUUGCCAACAUCUGUGCCAACAUAAAGGUCUCCUCCACCGAAAAUGGCAUCAUUUUUGGGAACAUAGUCUAUGAUAUUCGCGGUUCUGCUGGAGAAUCCAAUUACAUAGUUCUCUCCGAUAUUCAUAUCGACAUCCUGGAAUACAUUCAACCGGCCACCUGCUCCAAUUCUGAAUUCCGUCAAAUGUGGUCCGACUUUGAGUGGGAAAACAAGGUGACUGUCAAUACCCAGGUGACGGACUUACGCACCUACAUGACCUACGUAACUAAGAUCACAAAUUUCCGCUGUCUAACGCCUCCUGAGGCCCUGCGUGGUGACUGCAACUACUUCUGUGCCACCCUCUACGCAUGCAGUGUCUUUGGAGAGCACGUGCUAGCAAGCCUUUGCUUGGAAAAGCCUGCCGACGACCAGCCCGUCAGUGGCCACGUCCGUAUACGCGCAAAGACGCAGGGCAUGGCAGUAACCAUGGGCGAGAAGGUAUGUUGGGACUUCUAUGUAGCCACAACAGUUAUUCUCAAAAUAAGUUCUGCGCAAAAGCUGUGGCACGAUGCGAAACCCGGUACUGGUAAUGGCAAACUGAAGGAUACUCCUAAAUCUCCCGUCAGUCCGCUGGAGACCACUCCACAGAUUGAACUGUGA